UCAAUAUCACUCUGGAUGAGAACUGCAAACACCCCAGCCUCACCAUUAAGGAGAAGAACAGAGUCAAGUCCUCCACCCAGAAGGAGACCUUGUCUGAAGCAGUGGUGGUAGCUACUGAAGGGUUCACGGGGAAGAAACAUUACUGGGAAGUGGAGGUGGGGGACAAAUUGGAGUGGGAGCUGGGGGUUGUGGAUGAGGAAAUUAGGAACACCCUGAGGAGCAACUCAAUGAGUACUUCCCCAAAAGGGAAUUUGCUUAGUCUACAGUUUUUCCAGGGAGAAUACAGAGUAACUGGGGGGAAGGUUGUAAGAAACCACAAGCCGUGCCGUGUGGUCGGUGUCCUCCUGGACCAGGACCUCGACAAGCUUUCCUUCUUUGACGUGGAUGAAAAAUGCCUCCUUGAGUCUCUCUUGUUUGAGUUUUCAGGGAAUCUGUACCCAUUCUUCAGUCCAGGUGCUGAUG